AUCCUGUGACACAAAGGCAUAUGUGGUCCUUACCCAAUUUUAUUUUACUUUUCUAUAUAUUACUUUGAUUUUCAUUACAUGCAAAAAAAAAAAAAAAUGUAUCUAUUCAUUUUGUUGGCAUCUGGGAAAUUAGUAUUCUAAUUCUAAUGAUCCUUUGACAUGGAUUCUGGGUUGCAGGGGAAGCAUAAUAUGGAUCCGCAUGGUGAUGGUAUUGGUAAUGGUAAUGGUGAUGAUGAUGAUAAUUGUGAGGUGGUGGAGACUCGAGAACUGUGGGAUGCGAAUGGGAAGGAGAUCCGACAAUAUUGGUCGGAGAUAUCUGUGUCUGUCGAUGCCGAUGAUAAGAGCUUCUCUACUACUCAGCCUCUUUUGCUGAAGAGGAGAAACACUACUUCCCAAAUUGCCAUAGUUGGUUCCAAUCUCUAUUCAAUCGAGAGUCUUGAUUAUGAGAUUGCUGAAAAUGAACUCUUUAAGCAGGAUUGGAGAUCAAAGAAGAAGGUGCACAUAUUUCAGUAUGUACUACUCAAGUGGGCAUUUGCUCUUCUCAUUGGACUCGGAACAGGACUAGUUGGCUUCUUAAAUAAUAUUGCAGUCGAGAAUAUUGCAGAUUUUAAGCUCCUUUUGACUACUGAUCUUAUGUCUAAGCAUAGAUACUACACGGCUUUUGCUGCAUUUGCUGGUUGCAACAUUGGUUUGGCAGUUGCAGCAGGUGCUUUAUGUGCUUAUAUUGCUCCAGCUGCAGCAGGUUCUGGUAUUCCAGAGGUUAAAGCCUAUCUCAAUGGUAUUGAUGCUCAUUCAAUACUCGCUCCAAGCACCCUCCUUGUCAAGAUUUUUGGAUCCAUUUUGGGAGUCUCUGCAGGCUUUGUGGUGGGUAAAGAAGGGCCUAUGGUACACACAGGGGCUUGCAUAGCUUCUCUGCUUGGACAAGGAGGUUCACGCAAGUAUCAUUUGACAUGGUCGUGGCUGAGAUACUUCAAGAAUGAUAGGGAUCGACGAGACUUGAUCACUUGUGGUGCUGCUGCUGGAGUAGCUGCAGCAUUUCGUGCCCCCGUUGGUGGUGUUCUGUUUGCCCUUGAGGAGGCUGCUUCUUGGUGGCGAGGAGCACUUCUUUGGAGGGCAUUUUUCACAACAGCAGUAGUUGCUAUAGUAAUGAGAGCUUUUAUACAAUUUUGCUCUACGGGAAAAUGUGGUCUAUUCGGGCUAGGAGGUCUGAUCAUGUACGAUGUAAGCUCAGCUGAAGCAAUAUUUAGUGCCUCUGAUAUUUUAGCUGUGAUAUUCCUUGGUGUUAUUGGAGGCUUACUUGGAAGUCUCUACAACUACCUUGUGGACAAGGUAGUUCGAACUUAUAGCAUUAUUAAUGAAAAAGGUCCUGUUGCAAAAAUCUUACUGGUUAUGACCAUAGCCAUUUUGACUUCAUGUUGCUCUUUCUUCUUGCCUUGGUCUGCCAAGUGCAUCCCUUGCCCUGAAGGCCUCACAGUUAGCUGCCCUACUGUUUAUUCUGGUAACUAUAAGGCCUUCCAGUGUCCACCAGGCCACUACAAUGAUCUUGCCUCCCUUUUCUUAAACACCAACGAUGAUGCUAUUCGCAACCUCGUCAGUACAGGCACAAUAAAGGAGUUCCAGAUAUCCUCACUCUUCAUCUUCUUUGCAGCUGUUUACUUCCUUGGAAUUGUAACUUAUGGAAUAGCUAUUCCUUCUGGACUUUUUAUCCCAGUCAUACUUGCUGGAGCUUGUUAUGGCAGACUUGUUGGAAGACUCUUUGAAACAGCCUCUCACUUGGACACUGGUCUCUUUGCCUUACUUGGUGCAGCCUCUUUCCUCGGCGGCACAAUGAGAAUGACGGUUUCCUUGUGUAUCAUACUGCUUGAACUUACAAAUGAUCUGUUGUUGCUCCCUCUUGUGAUGCUUGUUCUUCUAAUAUCUAAAACUGUGGGUGAUUGCUUCAACAAGGGAGUGUAUGACCAAAUCUUGAAAAUAAAGGGAUUGCCUUAUAUGGAGGCUCAUUCUGAGCCUUUCAUGAGGCAUUUGGUUGCAGGUGAUGUUGUUUCCUGUCCGUUGAUAACCUUUUCUGGCAUCGAAAAGGUGGGAACUAUACUACAUGCGCUAAGGAUAACAGGGCAUAAUGGGUUUCCGGUGAUUGAUGAACCGCCUUUUUCAGACUCUCCAGAGUUGUGUGGUCUAGUGUUGAGGUCUCAUUUGCUUGUUUUGCUAAAGGGGAAAAACUUUACAAAGGAGAAAGUUAUGUGUGGUAGGGAGAUACUAGGAAGGUUCUCUGCGUCUGAUUUUGCAAAAGCAGGAUCAGGGAAAGGAAUCAAAUUGGAGGAUAUUGAUAUUGAAGAGGAGGAGAUGGAGAUGUACGUGGAUCUUCAUCCUAUUACAAACACAUCUCCAUACACAGUGGUUGAUUCCAUGUCACUUGCCAAAGCUGCCAUUCUCUUUCGCCAACUUGGUCUCAGGCACAUGUGCGUGGUGCCAAGGAGCCAAAAGACAGAUCCAAUUGUGGGAAUUUUGACGAGGCACGACUUCAUGGAGGAGCACAUUUUGGGACUAUACCCUCAUAUGGAUCCUCACAAGCAAAAAUGAAGCCCCAUAUCAUGUCAUCAAAGGUGUUGUACAUUUGGGAGGAAAUAUUCAAGAUUCAACCGAUUUGAAGUAUGAACAUUGACAUUUCUACAAUCUGAUGCACAGUUGCAUUGGGUACUAUUGAUUGCAUCAAUAUGAUUUCCACCGGCCAAUGUGGCAACUCUCAUACUAUGAUUUAGCUUUUUCUUCCUAUCAUGUUUAGUUCAUCCAUUGUCACAUGUAAAGUCAGUUUUAGUUAUUUUAUUAUUUUAAGGAUAGUUUCUUUUGUUACUUAUUUUUUUCUCAUCAUAUAAACAAUAAUGGAUAAAAGUGACCACCAUAUGGUGCUCAAUAAUAUACCACCUCGAAUAGUAUUGGGCACCAUAUGUGCCUUUUUAGCAAUAAAGGGACAUGCUAUGUCUACUGUUUUUAUC